CACGUGCGCAUUGUUGUCUUCGGGUAUAAUAAUCGCAAUACGUCUUUAGAAAAUCUUUCUCUAUUCCAAAGCCUUCAAUUUCACAUAGUGAUUUACUCAAAUUCCUUUCCAAUGGCAUCUCUCACUCGUAUCCAGCAGCUGUCGGUGCGUAUCGCCAAGAAUACAGAGGCGGUAGAGCGCUAUCUUCAAUCCAACAAUUUGCCAACUCCAUCCCUGGACGCAGACGCACUCUGGGAGAUACCUAUCGCCGGAAUUGCUCCAGAAAUCCUAGAAGCACGACGUGUUACUAUUGAGGAUUGUCAGGAGCUUGGCGCUUUGAUGGCUGGUCCGAAAGAACUGGUGCAUUACUCUUACACCUCGUAUGUCAGCGUGAAAGCAAUUCUGCGUUUUAAACUCGACAAAUCGUUCCCAGUUGGAGAAACUUCGACCUUUGAGUCCAUGUCAGACUAUUCCGGGCUGAGUGUUAUGAAUAUCAAGCGCAUAGUGCGACAUGCGAUCAUGAAUCACCGAUUUUUUGAAGAGAAAACGCCUGGCAUUAUAAGCCACUCUGCGCUUACUGCGAUCUUAGCAGGAGACAAGUUGGCUCGGAAUUGCCUCGUCGUCGAGUUGGAUGAAUUUUGGCCUGCAGGUGUGAAGAAGUGGCCAAAUUCUGAGGAAGCUAAUCAAACGGGGUUCUCGUUGGCGAAUAACAGCGAUAAGGGCAUGUAUGAUAUCCUCGCCGAGCACCCCGAGCGUGCAGAGAGGUUUGGCAUGUAUUUUUCUCAAGCGGAUGAACCUAGUAGCAUACUACUGGAAAGUUACCCUUAG